AUGAUGAUUGUUAUACUUACAAAGAAUAAAAAUGUGUUCUAUGAAAGGAGUCUGUUUUUAAUAGUUCUUGGCUGCUUGAUCCUUGCCAUCCUUACAACCUUUAAAGAAUAUGAGACACAGUCUGCAAAUUGGCUUAUAAUAUUGGAAACCUUCACAAUUUUCAUCUUUGGAGCAGAGUAUUGUUUAAGAAUUUGGGCUGCUGGGUGUUGUUGUCGAUACAAGGGAUGGAGAGGACGUCUAAAAUUUGCCAGAAAGCCAUUGUGUGUUCUAGAUAUAUUUGUGCUGAUUGCCUCAGUGCCAGUGGUAGCUGUAGGGAAAAAUCAAAGCAAUGUACUGGCAACAUCACUAAGAAGUUUGCGAUUUCUUCAGAUACUACGUAUGCUGCGCAUGGACCGAAGAGGUGGUACCUGGAAACUUUUGGGGUCUGCAAUUUGUUCACAUAGCAAAGAACUCAUCACUGCUUGGUAUAUUGGCUUUCUGUCCCUUAUCCUGGCCUCAUUCCUGGUAUAUCUAGUUGAAAAGGAUGAUACAGGAAUGGAUCCAAAUGAUCCUCAGGAUUUUGAUACUUACGCUGAUGCACUGUGGUGGGGAUUGAUUACUCUUACAACAAUUGGCUAUGGAGACAAGACUCCGAAGACAUGGCCAGGUCGCCUUUUAGCUGCCACAUUUUCCCUUAUUGGAGUUUCAUUUUUUGCUCUUCCUGCUGGCAUUCUUGGUUCAGGUCUGGCUCUGAAGGUCCAGGAACAACAUCGUCAGAAGCAUUUUGAAAAACGAAGAAACCCAGCAGCGGAACUCAUACAGGCUGCCUGGAGAUACUAUUCCACCAACCUGAACAGAAAUGACCUGGUGGCCACUUGGGGAUUUUAUGAAUCUGUCAUAUCUUUUCCAGGUUUCAGGCAAGAGCAGAUGUUUUCAUUUUACAGCCAAAAAUUAGGUCUGCUGGACCGUGUUCGCCUGUCUACUCCCCGUGCCACUGCUACCAAAGGCAAGCUGUUUACACCUCUGAAUACUGAUGCACCUGAAGAAAGCCCUUCCAAAGACCAAAAGAAUGUUGGAUUUGGCAACAUUGAUCGCUUUCGUACUGCAUUUCGAAUGAAAGCCUAUGCCUUUCGGCAAAGUACAGAAGACACUGGAACACUGGGAGACCCUCUGGCUGAUGACAAGGGCUACUCUCAAGAGUCAAUGUGGGAAGACAUGAUUCCUGCAUUGAAAACCACAAUCAGGGCUGCCAGGAUAAUGCAGUUUCUUGUAAAGAAGAAGAAGUUUAAAGAGACACUGAGGCCUUAUGAUGUAAAGGAUGUCAUAGAGCAAUACUCUGCAGGGCAUCUUGAUAUGCUUACUAGAAUAAAAUACCUCCAGUCAAGAAUAGAUAUGGUACUUGCUCCUGGGCCACCAUCAACUCCUAAGCAUAAGAAGACCCAGAAAGGCGCUUUUACAUAUCCCUCCCAACAGUCUCCAAGAAAUGAACCUGAUGUAGCCAAAGGAUCAAUGCCUGAUAUUGAAGACCAAAGCAUGAUGGGAAGAUUUGUCAAAGUUGAAAGACAGGUUCACGUCAUGGAGAAAAAAAUAGAUUUUUUAGUUGAUAUGCACUUGCAGCAAAUGGAUCAGUGGCAGGUGGAGCCAACUAGAUAUUGCAUAAAAGGAACUCCAUCACACCAGAGCCUGCCAGAGGACAAGGAUGGGGAAGACCGAUAUUCUGAGAUCAAUCGUGUCAUCUCAAACUAUGCUGACCCAUGUACAUAUGCACAGCAGUCAAAUUUUUAUCAAAUUCCUGUUCACAAAGUGAGCCCAUAUGGCUUCUUUUCAUUAGAACCAAGGAACUAUGCUGCUGGGCAAACCUGCAUGAGAUUUGCUACACCUACUGUUCCAUCAUAUACAGAAAGACCAACGGUUUUGCCUAUCAUAACUCUUAUAGAAUCCAAGCGUGGCUUGCAGUCUGAUGGGGAGUUUUUCAGCUCCUAUUCAAACAGAGUUUCCCCAAAGCAACAUGAAAGCAAUGUAAGAGACAGUGACACACCUCUCUCCCUUCUUUCUGUCAAUCAUGAGGAACUUGAGCGCUCACCAAGUGGAUUUAGCAUUUCCCAAGAUAAGGAUGACUUUUUUGGCCUCAAUAGUGGAUCUAGUUGGAUGAGGGAAAAACGAUAUUUAGCUGAAGGUGAAACAGACACUGAUACUGAUCCUUUCACUCCUAGUGGGCCAAUACCUCCUUCCUCCACAGGGGAUGGCAGUCCAGAUUCUGUGUGGACAUCCUCUAGCAAACCAAUUUAGCAGGAUUGCUGCUUGCACUUGUACAGCAUUUAUUAAAUGUACACUUUGUAGAUGUCACCGAAAUACAUAAUCUUGUUGCUGUAACAGGCAUAGCAUGGAAUGCAUGUAUGGUAGAGUUAGACACACUUGGCAAACUUUUAUAACCCCCCAGGUAUUUUUAUGUCAUACUGCAGAAUAAAAUAGCUAAAUUUUGUGCAUGGUUUGCAUGAAGUUACACUGUUGCAAUGUAUGAAUCAUACACCAAAUUUCUUCAGCUUCAUUGUACACUUCAUGUGUGUGUGUGCGUGUGUGCGUGUGUAUGUGUGUGUGUGUGUGUG